GCCAGAGCAGCGCAAAGCCAGGGUAGGGCAACACAAUGUCGAGCGUCAUGACGGCCGCGAAAGGGGACGAUGUGGUCGUGCACGACUUCGCCCCGCUACUCCUUGUAUACAAGAGCGGGCGCCUAGAACGCCCACUGGCCAUGCCGACGGUCUCGUCCGGCCGCGAUGCCGACACGGGCGUCGUGUCCAAGGAUGUGACCCUCUCGCCGCACUCCUUAUCGGUGCGCCUGUACCUCCCGCCCGCCGCUACCACAGCGCCCGAAAGGAGGCUCCCCGUGGUCGUGUACUUCCACGGCGGUGGCUUCGUCGUCGGGUCGGCCAGGUCCGCUGUGUACCACCGCUGCCUGAACGACCUCGCCGCCGCUUGCCCCGCCGUGGCCGUUUCCGUCGACUACCGCCUUGCACCGGAGCAUCCGGUGCCUGCCGCGUACGAGGACUCCCUGGCGGCCCUCAAGUGGGCGUUGGCGCCAUCGUCCGCGACCGACCCAUGGCUCGCGGCGCACGGCGACCCCGCGCGCGUGUUCCUUGCCGGCGACAGCGCGGGGGGCAACAUCUGCCACCACCUUGCCAUGCACCCAGACAUCCGGGACGCUGGCCUCAGGGGCGUCGUGCUCAUCCACCCCUGGUUCUGGGGCAGGGACCCCAUCCCUGGGGAGCCACCGCUGAACCCCGCCUCAAAGCAGCAGAAGGGCCUAUGGGAGUUCGUGUGCCCCGAGGCGGUGGACGGCGCGGACGACCCCAGGAUGAACCCGACAGCGCCGAGCGCCCCGGGGUUGGACAACCUGGCGUGCCAGAAGGUGAUGGUGUGCGUGGCCGAGGGGGACGUCCUUCGAUGGCGCGGGAAGCUGUACGCAGAGGCGGUGGCGCGGGCGAGGGGCACCGAAAAGGACGUGGAGCUAUUCGAAUCCGAAGGGGUCGGGCAUGUGUUCUACCUGCUGGAGCCCGUGCAGGAGAAGGCCAAGGAGCUAUUGGACAAGAUCGCGACGUUUGUCAGGACGGAAUGAGGAGGGAUGCAUUGGUGGUGGUGGUCCGGUGGACACUGUCACACUGGACAUCAUGUAUCGUUAACGUACUACUACUACUACAUACUCCAUUCGUUCUUUUUUAUUUGUCGUUGUUUAGUUUAAAAAUUAAUAAGUAUGCGACAAAUAUUCGAGAACGGAUGUAGUACAUGGUAAAUGCGAGCACGUAUGUAAUUGUACAUACGUACGCGGUACGCGGAUAGGAUAAACAAAAUGCACAUAUGAUAGAAGGGCAUGGAAAAAAUAAAAUACAGUUUAAUUGGUAUGGAUAAAAAUGGAACACAAAAGAUAUCUCAAAACCUAAGGAUUUUACC